AUGGUGCUUUUGCUCGAGAACGGGACGUACGAGCUCUCUUUUGUCGACAAUUCGGAAAACAUGGCCGUGUUUGUGCUUUCCAUGAACGUCCCAACGACUCGAGAAGUGGUGCUCGAGGACCUCGAGGCGUCGAUUGAUCAGACGUCGCUCUUGCUGGACAACGUGGCGCUGCCUCGACAGCUUGUCAAGGCGUCGCGGGCCAUUGUGCCGACCGACCAAUUGCUGUACAUUAUCCAGCGCAACAACGCAGACGAACUCGCUGCAUUGCGCGUCGAGUGUGAAGCCAACCCGAACAACACGUGGCACAUUGACCACUGUGACGGCUCCGUCGGACAUAGCCACCGCCGUCUUGCUGCGAUGGCGAUCAACUUGGUGGUGAACCAGACGGGGUACUAUGCUUUCCACAUGCAGCACAAUGCGAUCGAGGAGUUUGGCAUGCAAGUGCGUGACAAGGACGGACGCGAAGUCGAGUUCGAGCUCGCUUCGGAAGCAGAUGCGUCAGGUGAGAUCGAAACGUCGACACCGAACAGGAAGGCGUCAGCGUCCGUAUGGGGGAAGACCAUGGGCGCUGUUGCGAUCGUGGCCAUUCUCUCGAUCGUCGGUAUCUUCCUCCUCAUCCUUCGCAUCUCUGCGCUGGACAAAAUGAUGGAUGCCAUGGUAGCGCUGUCGGCCGGAGCGCUCUUCGGUGCUGCUUUCCUGCACAUCUUGCCGGAAUCCAUCGAGUUCUACAGCGAGUACGGCCAAAUGGACCUCACCUUGAGCUCCAUGUUCACGUUUGGAUUUGUCGUUGCUAUGGUCGUCGAGAUGGCGCUUGAGCUCUGGAUGAGCAAAGUCCAGACCAGUGACGCGGAUACGAAUCUGCCGUCGUCCGCGCGCUUGAGCUCAUCGAUGAACGAGACGCCAGCCAAACAGUCCGAAAUCUCCGAGACGGGCGACUACUCAGGCAGGAACUUGCCCAUCCUCGCUGGGCGUGAGUCCACGAGUGCAUCGCCCUUCAGUCUGGCCGUCAACUGGCGAGCGAUCAAACCGAUGGCGUACAUCAUCCUCAUUGGUGACCUGUUCCAUAACUUUGUGGACGGCGUGCUCAUUGCAACAGCAUUCCUCGCUUGUGACGAUACGCUCGGGGUAUCAGUGACCGUGUCGUCGAUUCUGCACGAGCUGCCGCAAGAGUUUGCCGACUUUAUCAUUCUCGUCGAGUCGGGCUUUACCCCGUUCCAAGCCGUGCUAUUUAAUUUCCUGAGUGCGCUCACUGCAUUCAUUGGGGCUGCUGUGGUGCUGGCAGCUGUGCCCGUGACGAACGAGACCAUGGGACUGCUCCUUGCUGUUGGAUCGGGUACGCUCGUGUACAUUGCGGGCACGGACCUACUGCCUGGAGUGCUGCGUGUCAAGACGUUUGGCCAGUUUAUCGUGCACCUUGUCAUGUUUGCAAUCGGCGUUGGGGCACUAGCGCUUACGACGUUGCAUCACGUGCAUUGCAACGCCGACUGA